GUCCAAAACAACAACAUCAGGGCAAUAUGAGAAAUUGGCUGAAAUGAUGGCAGCCAAAAGAGACAUAGCGCAGGGUUUUCAACAGCGACCCACAGAAGAAAUGCAGGCGUUUUGGAACGAGGUCGCAACUUCUCUAAAUGCACUAGGUCCCCCAUCUAAGGACUCCAAUGCACGGAGAAAGGUAUGGAUUGACUGGAAACGCUACAUAAAACGCGAGCUAUCAAACAACAAAAAGGAAAUGAUGAGCGCCGGUGGAGGUCAAUGCCCUUUGCAGCGCAUAGCACCACUUGAAGAACAAGUUAUAGAAUUGACGGGCUUAAUAACGUGCACAAGUGGAAUUAGAGGUGUGCUGGAUUUUGGAGAUAGUGCUCAGGUCCAACACGACACUGAAACUGAAAUGGAUAUUUCUGCUUCUUCGGUGGAUCCAGAUGGUUUACCUUCAACCAGUAGAGAAUUUUAUGCCGACACAAAGAAAUUCAAUGAAGCUGCCAUGAAUAGAAUGGAGGAAAUGGCGACACAUUUGCGGCGCAUGAACCGUUCUCUUGAAAAGGUGGCGGACACUGCAGCAAAGCAACUGCAGGAAGAGCAACGGCACAACAAAAUUAAGGAGGAACUUUUAAAGCGGAAAAUUGAAAUUAAGAUGGAGAUGCUAAGGCUGGAGCAUCCAGACCAUAAUAUUGAUUAG